GGGGACACGGCGCGGCGGCUCUGCGGCGCUCGGCUCGCAACGGCUUGGUAGCUGAGGUGACUCCGCCCCCGGCCGUCUGUGGGAGAUUGUCAUCUGACCCGCGAAGGGGGAGAAUAGAGAGAAGCUGGAUGAUGAGGAAUAGCAAGGAGCCAUAUUUUGUGAAGUUUGUGAAGUCUGCGGGAGACUCUGAUUUUUUCCUUCAAGCCCUUGAGUCCAUUAAAGAAUUUCAGUCAGAAGAAUAUCUCCAGAUACUUGAAAGUGAAGUUGCCCUAAAAAUACAAGAGAACGACAAAUCCCUUUAUAUUUGUGAUCAGUUCAGCGGGGCUGUUUUUAAUCAUCUUCAAAAGCUUGGUUGUAGAAUUGUUGGACCACAAGUAGUUAUUUACUGUAUGCAGAACCAGCGAUGUGUCCCAAGGGCUGACUAUCCAGUAUUUAAUAUGUCAAUGGCUGAUGUGACAGUAUCUUGUACAAGUCUCCAGAAGGAAACUAGGGAAGAGAUCCACAAAUAUGUACAAAUGAUGGGUGGCCGUGUGUAUAGAGAUCUUAAUGUUUUAGUGACACAUCUUAUAGCUGGUGAAGUUGGGAGCAAGAAAUACUUAGUUGCUGCUAAUUUAAAAAAACCAAUUUUGCUUCCCACUUGGGUAAAGACACUGUGGAACAAAUCGCAACAGAGGAUGAUUAGAUACACAGAUGUAAACAUGGAUGACUUCCUGUGUCCUUUGUUUCUGGGCUGUACAAUCUGUGUAACUGGUUUGAGCAGCAUAGACCGAAAAGAAGUUCAGCGUCUCACUAUUGAGAAUGGUGGACAGUACACAGGGCAGCUCAAGAUGAAUGAAUGUACUCACCUUAUAGUUCAGGAGCCAAAAGGCCAGAAGUAUGAGUGCGCCAGAAGAUGGAAUGUCCAUUGCAUAUCUAUGCAGUGGUUUUUUGACAGCCUUGAGAAGGGUUUUUGCCAGGAUGAAUCAAUGUAUUCUGUAAUUCCUAAAUCAAAACAAGAAGACACUCCAAGCACAUCAACUCCUACUAAUGAAGCUGGCAAAUUUGACAGUCGAACACUCUCAGAUGUCAGCCAUAUUUCAAAUAUUAGUUUAACUGGUGUUAAUGAAACAUCCUGUCCCUCUGCUAUGGCUAGCAGACCGGACCCUCCUGAUGAUCUGAACAGCUUGGAUAUCAGUUCUUUGCAAGCGCCUGAGGAUUUACUGGAUGGAUGCAGAAUUUAUCUUUGUGGCUUCAGUGGCAGAAAAUUAGAUAAGAUGCGAAGGUUAAUCAACUCUGGAGGUGGGGUUCGUUUUAAUCAACUCAAUGAAGAUGUGACUCAUAUCAUUGUGGGCGACUGCGAUGAUGAGCUAAAACAGUUCUUGAAGAAGACAGUGGAAAGACCAUAUGCUGUGACCGUACAAUGGCUUUUGGAAUGCUUCAGAAAAGGUUACUUACUACCUGAGCAGCAAUACACUCCUACAGAUUGCCAGCUUGAAAACACUCCUGUUUUGGAGCAGCCUGGUUUCCUCAAAAGGAAUAGUCUCUUGAAGAAAGAAGCUGUGAAUGUUGUGCAGGCUCCAGAAGCAGAUGAUGAUCUGCUAUCUCAGUAUGUAACUCAUGAUUCCACACUAGUUCAUGCUGGUGACCGCAGUUGUAUUGAUCACAAUGCCAUUCAGGGAGGAGAAGCAUUCACAACCGGGGGCACUUCCUUGACAGAGGCAUCUACCGUUGUCGAAGGUUCCUUGUUCGUUGGGAAAAAGUUCUUCAUCCUGGGUUUUGGUAAAGAGGAUGAAUCCAGCCUUGGAGCUCAGAUUGAAGAGAACUCUGGGAAAGUUCUCUUGCCACAGAGUAAAUCAGUUGCUCACUAUGCUGUGGUUCCUCUGUUGGGGUACAAGGUGGAGUCAACUGUGGGAGAUGUGGUAACAAAUACAUGGCUGAUGACAUGCAUAGAACAACAGUCCCUCCUAGAUCCUAAUUCAAGUCCACUGUUCACUCCGUUAACAGUGAAGGAAGGAAGCACUCCAUUAGAACAGUGUGUGUUGUCCUUCAGCCAGUUUAGUGGGACAGAAAGAGACUCUUUAACAGACUUGGCAGAACUGCUUGGGGCUAGAGUUCAAGACUUCUUUGUGAGAAGAGCCAAUCCAAGGAAAGGGAUGCUUGUCAGCACUCACCUGGUGGUGAAGGAGCCCCAGGGUUCCAAGUAUGAAGCUGCAAAGAAAUGGGACCUUCCUGCUGUUACCAUGGCUUGGCUCCUGGAGUCGGCAAGGACAGGAAUCAAGGCUGAUGAAAACAAGUUCCUGGUUGACAGUGUAGUCCCAGAAGAGAGCUUCGCAAAUCAACCAAAUGGAGAAAAAAUAGAAGCAGCAUCUCCAAAUACUCCUGGGCAACCUAACAGUAUCUUUAGAACUGAGAAGGCAACAGCUGUGACACCUCUGGAUAUGAACAGGUUUCAGAGUAUAGCUUUCCAGACCAUUAUCUCUCAUCAUAUUGGAGAAAAGCCAAGUCCUUCAGAAGGUGGGAAACCACUACAGAAAGAACCAUCUGUGCAUCUGGACACACCAUCUAAAUUUUUAUCUAAAGACAAGCUCUUCAAACCUUCCUUUGAUGUUAAGGAUGCUCUGGCAGCCUUGGAGACUCCAGAGGGCUCUAAACAGCGAAACAGAAAGCAGAGCACUCCUCUUUCGGAAGUCAUUGGCAGGAACCUAAAACUGGCCUUGGCAAACAGCACACGUCAAGCAGCCACUCUUACUGCCAGUCCUCUACUGAAAGCGGCACCUCAGCAAGUGGAAGAAGAGUCAAAACCUCUAGCUGAUGUUGUCAUAUGUGUGAGUAAGAAGCUAAGUAAAAAGCAGAGUGAGCUAAAUGCUAUUGCUGCUUCCCUUGGAGCAGAUUACAGGUGGUGUUUCGAUGAAACUGUAACUCAUUUCAUCUACCAGGGAAAGCAAAACGAUAGUAACCGAGAGUACAAAUCAGCUAAAGAAAGGGGUGUACAUAUCGUGUCGGAACAUUGGCUUUUGGAGAGUGCACAAGAGUACAAAAGGUUACCUGAAUCUCUCUAUCCUCAUACAUAUAAUCCUAAAAUGAGUUUGAAUAUUAGCGGUGUCCAGGAUGACAGAUUCUCCGAUAGGCUUGACUCAACCGGAAAAACAGUGAAGGAAGAUGAGAAUAUUUCAAUGGAUGAGAAUGAUCCAGAAGAUCAAGCAAAUGAGGCAGCAGCUGUUGAAAAAGAGGAAAGCGCAAUAAAAGGAGUUUUAACACAGACACUUGAAAUGAGAGAGAAUUUUCAAAGACAGCUAAAAGAAAUCAUGACUGCAACAUCUCUCCCAAAACUCCAAGGGCAAAGAAGUUCUCUGUCUAGGAAUGGCACCGAGAGCUCUCCAUCAACUCCAGAUGGGCCUCGUUCUGUGCGCAAUGGCCGCAGUCGAGUCUUGGAAGCCCUAAGGUACAAGCAACCUGGAAGGCAGUCCCGUCAGAUAGUAACUGAUGUCAACACGGAGCCAUCCCAGAAUGAACAGAUUAUUUGGGAUGACCCCACUGCAAGAGAAGAGAGGGCAAGGCUUGCCAGCAACCUGCAGUGGCCAAAUAGUCCCUCACAAUAUUCGGAACAAAUUCAGCCAAAUGCAGUAAAUGUGGGUGACCUUUCACAUAGAAAGUCCUUGACUGAUACAGAAAUUGCUGAAAUGGGUGUUGAAGACCCUGCUAAAACAGAUAUAAUAGAAGUGCCGACAUUUCCAUUAUGUAGAAGUCCAGAAACGCCCAUAAACGAAGGCCAUCCCAUCCCAACUCCGUUGGCUCCUGCCAUUGCCUUUCCACUGGCAAAUCCUCCUGUGGCUCCCCAGCCAAAAAAUGAUGUCACAAAAAUUGACCAAAAGGCCUCAGAAAAACAGCGUAGAUUUCAGCUGUCUUCCCUCAACCCUCAGGAACGAAUUGAUUAUUAUCAUCUGAUUGAAGAACUAGGUGGGGUGGUGCUUGAGAAGCAGUGUUUUGACCCUAGCUGUACGCACACAAUCGUAGGGCACCCUCUUCGUAAUGAGAAAUUCCUGGCAUCCAUGGCAGCUGGAAAGUGGGUGCUUCAUCGUUCUUACCUAGAGGCAUGCAGAGCUGCACGGUGCUUUGUAGAGGAGGAAAAUUAUGAAUGGGGAAGUAACUCUAUACUCACUGCUCUGCCUGGAAUCAAUAUUGUACAAAGGAAAUUAGCAGUUGCAGCUAUGAGAUGGAGGAAAACAAUACAAAGAAGGAAAGAGGAAACGGGAAUUACUGAGGGAGCAUUUAGUGGUUGGACAGUUAUUUUGAAUGUUGACCCAGUCAAGGAAGCAGGCUUCAAACGUCUGCUAGAGUCAGGAGGAGCAAAGGUGCUCCCGGCUCAUUCUCUUUCUCUUCUUAAAGAAGUUACUCAUCUUUUUGCUGAUUUUAAUAAACUGAAACCAGAGGAUGCAAAAGUGAACAUAAGUGAGGCUGUAUAUCAAGGAAUAAAUUGCUUGAAGCCAGAGUACAUUGCUGACUACCUUAUACAGGAGCCACCACCCCCAAUGGAAAACUAUCAUUUGUCAGAAGCCACUGCCCAUCUCCAGAAGAGCAAAGAUGGUUUAUCACAAAAGCGGAAAGCUCCUGAAGAAAUACACACAGUAAAGCGAUUCAGAACACAUGAAUGAGUGCCCUUUUAAAAUAUGCAUUUUCAGUGUCUAUUUAUACUUGCUUUCCUUCAGUAUAGCAGAUAUUAAAUACUUUUGUAGUA